UUCCGGUUCCAGACUGCUUGAGCCUGCCCCCUUUUUGAAGCCGUCGAGUCAGCUGGUCCGUCGUCAAAUGUCCAUAAGUCAACAAGAAUUUGGGAGGAAGUAUAAUCGACAAGUUGGCAGUCUAAGGAAAUGGGUUAACCGGGCUCCACGCUUCCAGGACAAGCGGAGACUUUAAACGAAGCAGUCGUCGGGCCGGCCUCAUGAUAGCCCGGGCGCGCUAAGCUAGCUGCCUGGCUAUACGUUAGCUAUUUGUUUGGCGUGCGAGGAGAGCCAUCAUGGCUGCAAUGGAGCUUGGCGUCAGGCAGCACCUCCAUCACCCACCCGCCGCGAAGCAGGAGCAGGACGAUGACUCGGACGCGGAGGAGACGAGCCUGGGCCUACGGAGGACCGAGAACCGGCUGCAGUCGCAGAUCAUCCACAGCGGCCACUUCAUGGUGUCGGCGCCGCACAGCGAGCACCCGCCGAAGAAAGGCUACGACUUCGAUACCGUCAACACGCAGGCCUGCCAGACUUACCACUUCGGCAAGGCCAGCACCUCCCAUAUCUCCAUCGACGCCUCCCUCACCAAGCUCUUUGAGUGCAUGACACUCGCAUACAGUGGUGAGCUGGUGUCUCCCAAAUGGAAAAACUUCAAGGGUCUGAAGCUGCUUUGGCGAGACAAGAUCCGUCUCAACAACGCCAUCUGGAGGGCCUGGUACAUGCAGUAUGUGGUGAGAAGAAAAAAUCCAGUCUGCCACUUUGUGACUCCUCUCCAUGGAAAUAUAGACUUGGAGCAUCGUACUACAGAGAUGAUCACCACCGAGGGCAAAUGCUGGAGGAGAAGAAUAGAAAUUGUCAUCAGAGAGUAUCACAAGUGGAGGACAUACUUCAAGAAAAGAGUUGAGAUUUCAUUAAAUUUGCAGAAACACAAGGAUGAUGACCUGUCAAGUUUGCUCAAGGGGCCCAAGGAGCAGUUAUCGUUGUUUGGGGAAAUCCCUCCAGCCAUGCAUCGUGUCUCCUUUUAUCAGGAUGAAGAGAGUGAAUUGCCAGUCCCCACAGACCUGGAGAGCCUCUUUGACAUGGAGGUUUUGAUUUCGGGGUUCUCAGACACGUUGUUCACCACUUUCCACCAGUCCACGACCUGGCCCAGCCCCAAGGAGCUAACGUAUGCAUUGAAUGCAGACAUGAUCCAACCGAGACUCAACCCCUUGCAGCCCAACCUCGACUUUAUGGACUCUUCUGACCCUCUCCAAGACUUAUUUCACAGCUACCGUCCGCCCGUCUUCCCCCUUGUUUCCCCCACUGCACCAUCAGUUCCCCCUAUGCCCAGCAGCAGCUCUCAGUCGCAGCAGGACCAGUUAAUGUAUCCCAUGGCCAUCUCCUCACCCCUGACCUCUCAGACUACUGAUGCCUGUGAUGUCAGUGAUAGCGCCAUUGUGGAGAGCUACCUGCCUCAAUAUCCCAGCCAAGUGGCGCUGGGCAACCAUGAAGACGUAUCCGCCCUCAAUACCAUGGUGUCUUCGUGCCUUCCCAUUCAGGACUUGGUGGCACAACCUCGGCCUCCCCCUCCACUGGAUUCUUUGGAUGAGACCUUAGCGCCCUCUAUCAUCACACACCCCUCCGCGGCCGCCGCCCGCUCUGCGUGCACACCAGCGCCACUUGCUCAGUCCAGGCUGCUGCCCUUGAAUCAGCUUUCCACCUCCGCCGUGUAUCCCCCGCAGUUCGCCGUCCCAGUUAGCCUGCAGCGGGCCAGCACCAGCAAAAAACAAAAUUUGAAGAAGAUAAGCCCAGCCCAACCAGUCAAGCCCUCGCCGCCUUACUUCACAGCUGUGAAAAUGGAUGCGACCCAACCUCCAGCGGUGAUGUUCACGACUUAUGGAUUCCCUGUCCUACCUCAAACCCAGAAGUGUUCUCAGUACAUCGCCCCCUCAAACACCCUAAAGCAGGAAUCGCCCCCCCGUGUCGUUCAGGAUCAGCCAGGAUUGUCAUGUCAAGAUUUACCUUGUUCUUUUGAUCUGGAUCCCAGUCAGCAGUCUCCAAUCAUUAGCGGUACACCUCAGCACAGCCAAAGCAGAUCUCACCAAGCACAGCAGAAGAGACGUUUAAUUAUGAACAGCCGCUACAAAACGCUCCGCUGCCUGGUUCCCACCCUCAACUUCAGGUGUCCUAGUAAUGCGGACACGAUACAGAAGACAGUGCAGUACAUUAAAAAGCUCAAGCAGGAGAGGGAGGAAAUGGAGAAGGAAAUUAGGACACUCCAGGGAGAGAUUGCGGAUCUCAACGCCUCCAUCAGUCUUUGUGAUGACCAACUGCCAGAGACCGGAGCACUGGUUACGCAGGGAUACAUGCAGUACGACUUAAAUGAGUACAUCAAGCAGCGCACUCUGCAGAACUGGAAGUUCUGGAUUUUCAGCGCCAUCGUCAAGCCUCUCUUCGAGUCCUUCAACAACAUGGUGUCCACCACCAGCCUAGCUGAGCUUCGCAGGACCACGCUGGAGUGGCUCGAGCGCCACUGCUCCCUCAUGGCGCUCAGACCAAUGGUCCGCAGCACCCUCUGCCACCUGAGCACCAGCACGUCCAUCCUGAGCGAACCCUCCCUUUUACGCAAAGAAGCCAUCGAUGCCAUAACGUGCACAAACGUCAGGCCUCCCUCUCAGGCCAGGUGAUGAAGCUCUUCAUCCUCAUCAUGGACGACUUGCCAUGUCUUCCUCAUGCUCACAGGAGGCCUUAUUUUUCGAUCGUAAGUUGAUUAUGUGUUGGUAUUGAGCCGUGUAUUAGCGUGAGCGCACCACCUUUGCCUUGUGCGCCGCGGACAGUGAACAAUAUUUCAGAGGCGACUGCAGGGAUGCGAACAACAAGCAGCAAAUUGUUCAAAAAAAGAAAUGCAGAGGUUCAGGAAUUUUGUACAAGUCAAUUGUUUUGAAUGUUUUUCUUCUGUCCUUCACAUUUGGCUUGCUCAGCGUUUUUUCUGGUGAGCGACUUGAACUACAGCCCUCAUAGGGAGCAGUGACAUACAGCAAUACAAAAUUCUAUACGCGUGGAGGCAGAACAUUACCACAACGUUUUGGCAUUGUAGACAUAACACAAAAAACGUAGGACGCGAAUAUUCUUUAGAAUGUGUUUUUCAAUGUCAGUCUUCUGAUUUGUUCCUUUUUUUUCCUAUUUCGGCACGUCCUGAGGGGUCUUUAAACAGACUUGUUUCUAUCCCUGGCAGCACGGUGGUGCUGGGGUAAGUGCAUGUACUUCCCGAUACGAAGGUCCCUGGUUCUAUCUUUCUGUGUGCAUGUUCUCCCCUUGACUGCGUGGGUACUCCGACUUCCUCCAACCUCCAAAGACAUGCACCUGGGGAUAGGUUGAUUGGCAACAGUGUGUGAAUGUUGUCUGUCUAUCUGUGUCGGUAAAUAGGUUAUAUUUGCAUAGCGCUUUUCUACCUUUUCUAAGGAACUCUAAGCGCUUUGACACUAUUUCCACAUUCACCCAUUCAUUCGCACACUGAUGGCGAGAGCUGCCACGCAAGGCGCUAACCAACACCCAUCAGGAGCAGGGUUGAAGUGUCUUGCUCAAGGACACGACGGACGUGACUAGGAUGGUAGAGGGUGGGGAGUAUAGCUCGGUUGGUAGCGUGGCCGUGCCAGCAAUUUGAGGGUUCCAGGUUCAAUCCCCGCUCCCGCCAUCUUAGUCUCUGCCGUUGUGUUCUUGGGCAAGAAACUUUACUAGGGGUGUGGGAAAAAAUCAAUUCAAAUUCGAAACGAUUAUUUUAAAAAAAAUAAUAAAUAUUUAUUUUUUUUAAUUUAAUUUUAUUUUUUUUAAUUAAUCAAUCCAACAAAACAAUACAGAGCAAUACCGUACCAAUGUAAUCCAAUUCCAGAACCAAACCUGACCCAGCAACACUCAGAACUGUAAAAAACAGAGCAAUUAAGAGAAGACACAAACACGACACGGAACGAACCAAAAGUAGUGAAACAAAAAUUAAUAUUAUCAACAAAAGUAUCAAUAUUACUAAUAAUUUCAACAUAGCAGCGAUUAAAAAUCCCUCAUUGAUAUUAUCAUUAGACAUUUAUCAAAAUAAAAAUAAAAAACAAUAGUGUCACAGUGGCUUACACUUGCAUCGCAUCUCAUAAGCUUGACAACACACUGUGUCCAAUGUUUUCAUAAAGAUAAAAUAAGUUAUAUUUUUGGUUCUUUUAUUAGUUAAAAUAAAUUUACAUUAUUGCAAUCAGUUGAUAAAACAUUGUCAUUUACAAUUAUAAAAGCCUUUUACAAAAAUCUACUACUCUGCUUGCAUGUCAGCAGACUGGGGUACAUCUUGCUGAAAUCCUAUGAAUAGAGAAUCCUUUUGAAUCAGGAAAAAAUUGUUUUUGAAUCGAGAAUCGUGUUGAAUUGAAAAAAAAAAUAGAUUUUGAAUCGAAUCGUGACCCCAAGAAUCGAAUUUGAAUCGAAUCGUAGUACACCCAAAGAUUCACAGCCCUACACUUUACCCACCUGCUCCUAGCAGUGCCACCCACACUGGUUUAAAUGUAGCUUAAAUAUUGGGUUUCACUAUGUAAAAGCGCUUUGAGUCACUAGAGCAGGGAUUGGUAACCUUUUUGGCUGAGAGAGCCACGAAAGCGAAAUAUUUUGAAAUGUAUUUCCAUGAGAGCCAUAUCAUAUUUUUUUUAUCACUGAAUACAAAUAAAUGUGUGCAUAUUUAAGUAAGACCAACAUUUUUAGAGUAUAAUAAGUCUCUUAUUCUUAUUAAUAACAUCAGUAUUCUGAAGCUAACCAAUAAUAAAUAAAAUACUUCUGACCGUUAACGUGACUUGUUGGACAGGUGCGGUAGAAAACGGAUGGAUGGAUUAAAAUGGAUGAGAAUGUUUUAUAUUUUGAAAGUUAGUUUUAACACUGUGACUACCAGUGUAAUUAUUCAUUACUUAUGUCAGCUAAGAUUUAUCUGGGAGCCAGAUGCAGUCAUCAAAAGAGCCACAUCUGGCUCGAGAGCCAUAGGUUCCCUACCCCCGCAAUAGAGAAAAGUGCUAUAUAAAUAUAAUUCACUUCACUUCAAAUUGAACCAGGAGCCCUGUGAUGAGGUGGCGACUUGUCCGGGGUGUACCCCCCACCCCCUUCCCCCCAAAUGCAGCUGAGAUAGGCUCCAGCGCCCCCCGUGACCCCAAAAGGGACAAGCGGUAGAAAAUGGAUGGAGUUUCUAUCUGGUUGCUGUAGUGCGGGGGUAGGGAACCUAUGGCUCUAGAGCCGGAUGUGGCUCUUAUGAUGACUGCAUCUGGCUCUCAGAUAAAUCUGAGCUGACAUUGCUUAACAUGAUGAGUAAUGAAUAAUUCCACUUGUAAUCAGUGUUAAAAAUAACAUUCAAAAUAUAAAACAAUCUCAUGCAUUUUUAAUCCAUCCAUCCGUUUUCUACUGCACCUGUUCAAGAGGUUGUGUUAAUGGUAAGAAGUUAUUCAUUUAUUAUUGGUUAGUGUGGGGCUUGCCCUCCUGGGGGUUCCUCAGACCACCAAGCACCGACAUGAGAGCCUUUUUCAGGGUUACAAUAUAGUUUUAUUUUUCAAUAAGUCUCUCAGUUGCUUUCCAGCAAUUGUCUUUUUUCUCUUUCGUUCUCGCUCGCACUCUGGCUCCAGCCCCAACCCCGUCCCUCCUCCUGGCUGCUGCUUAUAACAGAGCGACAGGUGAUUAGAUAACAAGGCCCAGGUGGACCAUAUACGCACCUGUCGCUGAUUUUGAGGCCGGUCCUGGCACACCCCAGUUCGCUGCAGGCCCGCAGGCCACGCCCCCUCCACAGUUAGCUUCAGAAUAACAAUGUUAUUACAAAUAAGAGACCUGUUAUACUCUAGAAAUGUUGGUCUUACUUAAAAAUGCACGUGUUUAGUUGUGUUCAGUGUUAAAAAAAAAAAUGUUAUGUGGCUCUUACAGAAAUACAUUUGAAAAUAUUUGGCUUUUUUGCUCUCACAGCCAAAAAGGUUCCUGACCCCUGCUGUAGUGGCUUCCAAAAGCUACUCACAGCGGAGGGCGCUCUACUCCCUUCUGGAAAGCCACUGCUAUUAAGUUUAAAGUAGAAAACUGAAUUUGAAGGAAAAAAAAUCAAACAUUUUGGACAUGUGAAAUAAGAAGACUGAAACUGAAAUAUGAUAUCACAAAUGUAUUUAUUUAAAUGUUUGUAUGGGGUUUUUUUCAGUGUCGUUUUUUUUCUUCUUGAAGAUGCCAAAACUGAGUGGCAAUGUUGUAGUUCCACAUCCAGACAGUAUGUACAGUACAGCGUCUAUGUGUGAAAGUCAUUUUUUUUCUACCUGCCUGGAGUUCUACGUCCAGGCUCGUUACGGCUGUUUUAAUUUUGUUCUUGUGCGGUUUUUGAUGUCAAUCAACCUCUCUUUUUUUGUUGGUGUCUCAGGACCGCACUGGCGAGUGCAAGUGUGUGAACAAGUGUAGUCAGGAGCGAACAUGGUGACUUCUUCCAACAAUACACGUUCUUGUUUUAUGCUGAAAGUGCAUUUAAGUCGAACUUUGUAUGCAAACAAAGUUACAGUGACAUGAUGGUUUACAAUGGGGCAGUGUAGCUCGGUUGGUAGAGUGGCCGUGCCAGCAACUUGAGGGUUCCAGUUUCGAUCCCCACUUCCGUCAUCCUAAUCACUGCCGUUGUGUCCUUGGGCAAGACACUUUACCCACCUGCUCCCAGUGACCACCCACACUGGUUUAAAUGUAACUUAGAUAUUGGGUUUUCACUAUGUAAAGCGCUUUGAGUCACUGGAGAAAAGCGCUAUAUAAAUAUAAUUCACUUCACUACAAUGAAACUUGUACUUUUGCAUCAUUUCUUUUAGUAUUCUCCUAUCUUUUUUUUAUAGUGUUGUCUACUGUGACAUGCUUUGUCUUUUCUACUCCAGGACAAUAUUCUGCACACGUAUUGAUGGUGAUUUUCAUUUCUUUAAAAGUCAACGUUUUCGUACACUGAAUCCUUUUCUUCCGAAGUUCCCGAAAUGUUUUCAUGCAACAAGAUGCCUUAAAAUUGUUCUGGAUGGCAAUAAAAGCAACAAAAACAAACCUAAA